CCCUCGCGCCCUGGCGCCGACGGCGGCUACCCCGCCCCUCCGCCGCCGAGGCGGCUCGGCGCCCCGGCGCAGCCCCCGCCCGGCAGCCCGCCGGGCAGCGCGGGCGAGCUGUUGGCGCUGCGCGCCGAGAACGCGAGGCUGCUGCAACGCCAGCUGUCCCUGGAGCAGCAGCUGCGGGAGCUUCGGCCGGGGCUUUGGCGGCAGUGUGAGGAGGAGGCCGCGCUGGGCGUCGCGCGCCGGGCGCGCGAGGUGGCCGCCUGCGUCUCGAGACACGAGGAGCAGCUGCAGCGCGUGUCGCAGCGGUACGAGCACGAGCUUGCCGCGGCACGGACCAGCGCAGCUGCCCCGGCCACACCUCGGUCAGCCCGGCUGCCGCCCGUUGGGAGCGAGGGCCUCUGUGCCGAGCCCCAGACGCCCAGGGUAUCGUGGCAUGCCGCGGAAGCAGAGGUGCACAAGCGGCAGCGGCGAGAGCGCAGGCGGGAGGAACGGCGGGCGGUAGAGGGCCGUGCUGGGCGCGAGCGGGUCCGGCUCGCGGCCACCUCUGCCGUAGCCCUGGUCGUUGCGGGCAGCGGUGGCGCGGUCAGCGUGCUGGGGCGGCUAGCCUUGGCGCACUGGCGGACGUUUGCAAGGGCUCGGCUGGCCAUCGCCUCUGCGGCCGUUCUGGCUGGGCGCCGUGGCGCGGCGAGCCUCGCGUUUGGACAGAUGGUCUUGGCGCGCUGGCGUGCCUUCGCGCAGGUCCGGCUCGCGGUCGCCUGCGCCGUGGCCGUGGCCUGCAGCGGCGGCGCGGCGGACGCGGCGCUGGCGCCGCUGGUCCUCUCUCGCUGGCGGGCGCUGCUGCCGCGGGGCCGCGAGGCCGGGCUCGCCCGCGCCCUCCGGCGAAGCGCCGGCGGGCAGGCGCUGCUGGCCCUGGCGGCGCCCCUGGCCGCGUGGUGCCGCGAGGCCCGCCGCGCCUCGAGCCUCGAG